CAGCAAAGCAUAAGCUCAGGCUAGGACUUCUAGGUUCAAUAAUUUCCCGCGUUCGCGCGAACUUGAAAUAAAAGCGAGAAAGAGUACAUGUUUUAAGAUUAAUGAACUGAUAAUAAUUGUACCCGGUUCCGUCAAAGUAAAAUAAGUGUGUGUGAACGAACCCUCGUCUGGCGUAUUUUUUAAGAAUGUAGUUGGCGUUUUUGCCACUCCAGUCUGCUACAAAACCGAACCAUGCUCGACCGUGAGAACGGCGCCAGUCCAGAGCACCGACGCCUCGCACGGACCCCAGCAAAAUGAAAAUCCUCUGGAACUGGCUCAUACCUUAAUUGCGAACCAAAACGAAGGAUGAAUCUCUCGCAGGAGCUUCUGUACCCCACGGUUUACUCCUACUUCGACAACUCUUCCUUAGAAUAUAGCACUACAAGCAAUGCGAGCUACGACGAGUUCGAAGGAGACGGUAAUCAGUUUAUUCUCCCCAUCUGGAGGCAAGUUCUGUGGAGCAUCCUCUAUGCCGGGAUGGUGAUUGUGGCGACGGGUGGGAACUUGAUCGUUAUUUGGAUAGUGUUCUCGCAUAAAAGAAUGAGGACGGUUACUAACUAUUUUUUGUUGAAUCUUUCCGUUGCUGAUACCAUGGUGUCGACCCUCAACGUCACGUUCAACUUCGUCUACAUGUUGAACUCGCAUUGGCCUUUCGGGGAGCUCUACUGCAAAAUAUCGCAAUUUAUUGCUGUAUUGUCUGUGUGUGCAUCGGUGUUUUCUUUGAUGUCCAUUUCGAUUGACAGAUACAUGGCUAUAAUGACCCCAUUACGCCCUCGGAUGGGUCGGAGUGUUACUGUAUUAUUAGCAGUGACUACGUGGCUGUUGGGGAUAAUAAUCGGAAGUCCGUCCUUAAUGUUCUUCAGAACGUACACAAUGCCCUAUAAAGACGGCGAGGAGCGAGUGAUUUGUUACCCAGAAUGGCCGGAUGGAACCACCAACGAAUCAAUGAUGGAAUACGUAUACAACGUCGGAUUUCUCUUCGUAACCUAUGUAGUGCCGAUAGGAUCGAUGACUUACACGUACGCAAGAAUUGGUAUAGAACUCUGGGGAUCUCAGAGCAUAGGAGAAUGCACACAGCGACAAAUGGAAAAUAUAAGGAGCAAAAGAAGGGUCGUGAAGAUGAUGAUGGUGGUGGUGAUCAUCUUCGCCGUGUGUUGGCUUCCAUAUCACCUCUACUUCAUCGUGACUUCCUACUUCCCUGAAAUCACCAACUCUACUUACAUCCAGGAAACCUACCUGGCUAUUUACUGGCUGGCCAUGAGCAACUCCAUGUACAACCCCAUCAUCUACUGCUGGAUGAACGCAAGAUUCCGUAGGGGAUUCAAACAGUUUUUCUCCUGCCUGCCGUUCAUCCAAGUAAGUCCGGGGGCUCUUACUAGACGGGAGGUUUUAACCAGUAGAAGGCGCUCUUAUUCCGGAUCCCCGGACCACAACCGGAUAAUAAGAAACGGAACCAUCCGCAUGAACUACAUGACUCGCCCCAGCCCCACGUCUUCGACCAACACCUGCUACUCCAACCUCCCGGACGAGAUGGGUUACCACCGCGGCCUCGACUCGCGCCGCUGGAAAGGAGACGACCUGCGUUCGGUUUCCUGACAAAAGCAGCUCGGCGGCCAGUCGGAGGACAAGCCCGACAAGAACUCCGUGCGCCAGCGCCGCACCUGGAUCUAGUGCCACACCUCGCGGUCCAGCCGGCGCCUGCCGUGGACGCGCGAGGAAACAGUACACGAGGUAGACAAAGAUUUAGUCGAGACGAGGAUGUAGAAGGCAACCUGGCUGUGAAGAGGAGGCAAGGAUGGAUAUACUCACAGGGUACUUUUCUUUUUGUGUUUGACUUGUAUGUACCUUAACUACAACAUAUCCGAUGGCUCUAAUAAACAAGUAAUACUGGGUAAAUGUAAGUGUCGUUUUCAUGUGUACAUUCUGUUAGUUUUACAAGUUUAGGAAAAUGUUAGCGCUAAGGACAAAAUUUUUAAAAGACGAUUCCUUCUAGGUGGCUAAUCUGUCGGGAAAACACAAACGCUUUGAAGUUUAAGCCAUUUAACAAUUGAAGCUUUAAAUGUUACUUCUUGUUCCUUUUAUUGCCACUACUGUUGCGGUUUCAGACGUUAUAGUUUUAUAUGUACCUUCUACUACAGGAAAGAAUUAAUAAGCGGACGACACUAUGUGACCAAAUAUGUGAUAAAUUAAAUGACUUCAAAAGUAUAUAGGAGGCGGCGAUGCUGCUAAGACAUAUAUUUUCCUUCCUUGUAUAUAUCAAGUAUUUUCCUCAUGCUGCAAGACGAUGCUAUCAAAAUCCAAAAAUAAUAAUAAUAAACACAUGUAGUCAAGUCUUCCUGAUCUUAGUUCACAAAAUCUUCAAGCGACUGCUUACGUCAUAGCAUUCUCGUGGAGGAUGAGGCAAACCACAUAAUGUAAAUUGUUCGUUUAGUGUUGUAUACCAUGUAGCUAAAAAUACACAACUAUGCGUAGAAUGUACCAAAGUAUCAAAAUAAAUGCACAUUAAUGUA